AUCGUGCAUUCGAGCAUUUUAACCGGAAAAUAGUAACGGAAUCUGCCGUGAUCAACAAUCACUCGAAGAUCUUUGUGGCUAUAACGGUUACGUAUGCGGGCUCAAGGCCGAGGUAGAGGCAGAGGGCGCUGGUCGAAUUGUGGGAGAUACUGGAUGGAGAACGCUCCUCCUCCGCAUCCACCUGGCGUGAUACCAGGAACUGCAUACCAAGCGCCAGCCGCUCCAUUCCAAGCUCCAAACGGUUUCUACCAGCAACCAUAUCCAGCCGCACUCCCAUUCGGUUUCCCUCCUGCCCAGCACGCAUACGGUACGACACCGCCUCCACAACAGCGGAACGGAAAAGCGGGAGUUCCUGCAGGGAAUCCGGGGCAGUUCAAUCAAGGAUAUGGGCGAGGAAAUGCUGGUAACUACCAGCAAUGCGCUUUCUUCACAAAAGAGCAAGCCAACUUUCUGGAUAAGUUGAAAUUAAAGGAGGCAGUAGAGGAAGCAAGGAAGAAGGAUCUAGACGAAAUAACAAGGUUGAGGAAGAUACAAGGAGAAGGUGAAAAAAAAAAAGAUAAAGGGAAGAGUGAGGUGAAAGAGCAAGGGAAGAAAUCGAGUGCACGGGAUAAGGGAAAGGCGAAGGCGACCGAGGGUGGGAAAGAGGAUAGCAGGAAAAAGUGGGUAGCCGAGAAUGUCAGUAACUCCCUACGGAUCUUGACUGAGAAGCUAGAUGAUGUGGAAAAUAAAUCUAAGCUAAAGGAAGGGGAACUAGAAGAACUGAAAUUACUAAGGAUGGAGAAGCAACUGAGAGAGUUGCGGGAGAACUCUAGUAGUGAAAAGUGGAAAAGGGAGCGGGCUUCACCGAUUCGCCCACGGGCAAGCAAGACAAGAUCAAGGUCUAAUCACCUGAAGAGAGGCAAUAGAGGAAGGAAGCCCGUGGAAGUCUCAUCCCACGACAGCGCGAAAAAAAGGGAUGCAGUAGUGCAGAACCUCGAAGGGAAAUUGGAAGAUUCAACGAGCAACUUGAAGGAGGUGGCGCAACUGAAGGACCUACUCCUAGAAAUCCUGGCAACGAAAGGAAGGGAUGCCAGCAACAACUCUUUCUAAUAAACGAGAAUGUAGAUAAAACGCAUCUCCUGGG